AGGAACACAUAACACUGUCAAUCUCUUUUUUAACAGGGAAAAUGUUAUGGACUAUACUUUUAAUGGUCAGUGGUCUGCUCGCUCUCGUCAUGCUUUACUCUUCCCGCACAAGAAAGAAAAAUGAGCCACCAUUAGUCAAAGGCUUUAUUCCAUGGCUGGGUCAUGCCCUGGAGUUUGGAAAAGAUGCUGCAAAGUUCCUAACACGGAUGAAACAAAAACAUGGUGACAUUUUUACGGUGCGUGUUUGUGGUCAUUACAUCACCGUACUGCUGGACCCUAACUCCUAUGACGCAGUCCUUGAUGACACAGCCUCUCUGGACUUCAGUCGCUAUGCCCAGGUCCUGAAGCAGAGGAUCUUCAACCUGAGACUACCCAAUCACAACCCAGACACAGAGAGGGCCUGGAUGGAACAGCACUUCCAGGGCCCCAGCCUGGCCAGACUGAGCAGCAGCAUGCACCUCCACCUCCAGACCCUGCUAAGGGAAGAGGAGAGGAGCUGUAUCCCAGCAGAGUGGAGGCAGGACGGACUUUUCAGCCUCUGUUACAGCCUGCUCUUCAGGGCUGGGUAUCUCACACUCUUUGGUACAGAGAAAAGCAACAACGUCACUGAACUCGCUGCUGUCUACAAAGAGUUCCGCAAGUUCGAUGGUCUUCUCACAAAACUGGCUCGUUCAACCCUUAAGCAAGAGGAGAAGAGGACAGCAAGCCUAUCCCAGGAGCGACUGUGGGAGCUGCUGUCCCCAGCCUGGCUGAGCAGAGGAAAGGGGUCAGAGAGCAUAGAUCAUGGGCCAGACAGCAGCUCCUGGCAGCAGAGUUACCUCAGGCAUCUACAGAGGGAAGGAGUGGACACAGAGAUGCAGAGACGAGCCAUGCUGCUUCAGCUCUGGGCCACCCAGGGUAACGCUGGGCCUGCUGCCUUCUGGCUGCUGGGUUUCCUGCUCACCAACCCUGAGGCCAUGAGAGCAGUGAAGGAGGAGCUCAGAAGCCUGGCUCUGCAGGAGGACGGCUCCCUACAGCACCACCUUCUGGACACACUGGAGCACCACAGCACACCUGUUUUUGACAGUGUUCUGAGCGAGACCCUGCGUCUGACUGCUGCUGCCCUCAUCAACAGAGAGGUGAUCCAGAACACGACCCUUCGUCUGGCCAGUGGACAGGAGUACCACCUCAGACAGGGGGACAGGGUGUGUCUGUUCCCCUUCCUCAGCCCGCAGAUGGACCCUCAGAUACACCACGACCCACAGACAUUUCAAUAUGACCGCUUCCUAAACACAGACGGGACAGAGAAGAAGAAGUUCUAUAAGGAUGGGGAGAGACUGAAAUAUUACACCAUGCCAUGGGGUGCAGACAAGAACAUGUGUGUUGGGAGACACUUUGCAGUCAGUGGCAUCAAACAGUUUGCAUUCAUGGUCCUCUCCCAGCUGGACCUGGAGCUGUGUGACCCGACUGCCACCGUUCCUCCGGUCAACCCAAGUCGAUAUGGUUUCGGGAUGCUCCAGCCUGACGGAGACCUGGAGGUCUACUACAGACUCAAGACUCUGCACUAGGUCAUGACCCCUGACCCCAUACACCAUCCUGAUUUUAGAUUUAAAAGACUCCAAAAAACGGUCAAUCAUUUCAGGUCCAGUACCAUCGUUGGGCCGCGGGUGUAAAAGAUUCAGCAGACUGCUGGCAUUACACAUCUGGAUAAAAGACUACUGUAGCUCUGCUGAAGUCACUUACAUUGAUAACUUUGACACCUUCUGGAAACAGAAGAUACUCUACAGGAAUGACGGAAACCAUCCAAAUCAUCUUGGCUCAUGGACUCUGUCCACGCAUUUCAAGGCUGUGUUGAAACAAUGACUUUUCCUACCUUUGUGACAAUGAGUCGUCAUAAUGCAGCAUCAAAUGUACACGAUCCUAGGGGCAUUGGCAAACACAAUGUAAGUAAUUUAAUUGAUGUACCCCUAAUUGCACCGAAUACUUCUGUUUAUCCUACAGCUGUUGCAUGCAGUAAUCAUGUGCCUAUGAACCAGUUACACUGUUAUCACUGAGGCGGUGUCCCCUAGAAGGAAGACCGCUUUGUGCAGCUCAUCCUGCACCAUCAGCUACAAUGUAAAUAACAUGAGUAAGUUUACUUCUGAUAAGCUUCUCAAUAAAGCAUUACAAACAAUCAAGCGACCCAGAAAAUUGCUAAAAAUAGCCCAUAUUAACAUAUAUAGCCUAAGAAACAAGGUCCAUGAAGUGAUCUUGCUUGUAACAGAUGACAUUCAUAUUCUGACUAUCUCUGAAACUCACUUAGACCUUUGAUGAUACAGUGGUAGCAAUACAUGGUUACAACAUCUACCAAAAAGACAGAAAUGCCAACGGAGGCAGUGUUGCAGUGUCUAUAUUCAGAACAACAUUCCUUUAAAGCUUAGACAUGAUCUAAUGUUAAAUACUGUUGAAGUAAUAUGGCUACAGGUUAAUUUCCCUCACCUAAAUCCCAUUCUUGUGGUAAGCUGCUAUAGACCACCAAGUGCUAACUGUCAGUAUCUGGUUAAUAUGUGUGAAAUGCUUGCUAAUGUAUGUGAUAUGAAUAGGGAGGUAUAUUUUCUGGGUAUUGAAUGGCUAUCAUCAAGCUGCUCACUCAAGAAAAAACAUCAAACUGUAACCAGUGUCUGCAACCUGGAUCAGGUUGUCAGUCAACCUACCAGGGUAGUUACAAACAGCACAGGAAUUAAAUCAUCAACAUGUAUUGAUCACAUCUUUACUAAUGCUACAGAAAUGUGCUUGAAAGCAGUAUCCAAAUCAAUAGGAUGUAGUGAUCAGAAUAUAAUAGCCAUAUCUAGGAAAACCAAAGUUCCAAAAGCUGGGCCUAAUAUUGUGUAUAAGAGGCCAUGCAAUAAGUUUUGUAGUGAUUCAUAUGUUGAUGAUGUAAAUAAUAUUGUCUGGUCUGUGGUGUGUAAUGAUGAGCAAACAGAAGCUGCACUUGAAACAUUUAUGAAAUUGCUUAUUCCAGUUACUAAUAAGCCUGCACCCAUUUAAGAAAAUGACUAAAUACUGUUAAAUCCCCUUGGAUUGAUGAGUAAUUGAUCAAUUGGAUGGUUGAGAGGGAUGAGGCAAAAGGUAAGGCAAAUAAGUCUGGCAGCCCAACUGAUUGGCAAACGUACCGCAAAUUAAGAAAUUGUCACACCUUGAUCUGUUUCACCCGUCUUUGUGAUUGUCUCCAUCCCCUGUGUAUUUAUACCUGUGUUCUCUGUUUGUCUGUUGCCAGUUAGUUUUGUUCGUAGAACCUACCAGCAUUUGUUUCCCUGCUCCUGCCUGUUUCCUGUUUUCUAUUCCUUCUAUUCUAUUCCCUCCUUUCUAUUCCAUUUUGACCAGUCUGCCCACCCUGAGACUGCCUGCCGUUUUGUACCUUACCCCACCGUUCUGGAUUAUUGACCCCUGUCUGCCUUAACCUGUCUUUCGCCUGUGCCUGUGAUUGUAAUAAACUCAUCACUUCUACACUGUCUGCAUCUGGGUCUUACCUAAACGUGAUAGAAGUCGUG